ACAGUGAUAAAAUACAGUACAUUUACCAGCUACAAAAAUCCACCCACAACCUCAUUCAUCCCACAGCAGAAAUAUCAGAACCUCCACCCCCAAACUCUGACUGUUACCCAGCCAAUCACCAGCCUGCUCUGCAGAUCAUGUUUCACCUUUCCUGCCUGUGUCUUUACAGAUUCGUGAAUAUUCAAACAUUACAUCAUAUUGUGAGGUUUAAUUGGCUGGCUGCAGCGAAAGCCUGACUGAGGCUCCGCCCACUCAUUGUCUAUUGGCUCUAAGAGACAGAGGGGGCGGGACAGAGAUACCUGAGCAGGUGAGGAAGAGAGAAAACAAAAGCAAGCUGAUCCUCCAUUACAUAAGAGUGAAGAAAGAGUGACGCAGUUUAGGAAAAAACGAUCUAAAUUCAACCAACACGAUUCUACAGCGGUUUAUUUUCACUGGGGAUCUGCAUGUUCACUGAAGCACCUCCAUGAUGGAGCCUCAUAACUCCAGUGAUGGAGGAGGAUCCUCUUAUUCAAAGGUGAAGAGAGCAGAGUCCAGCGGUGUCUCUAUGGAGACUGACUGGACCAUUCAAAAGCCUCUAAUCUUCAGCUGUGGAGGAGGAAGCUCUGAAUUAUGCAGGAUGAAAACCCAGAGGUCUGUUUCUCCAGUAACCAGCUGUAUGUCCAUGAAGAGUGAAGACCAGUUCCGUAUUUUGACUCCACUACAACAGAGUGUCAGACUGCACAAACCCAGAAAAGAACCUCCAGGGCCCAGCUGGGUGUCAAUGAAGAGCCACAACUCAAUGUAUGAUCCUCCAAACUUCAGUAAUAGAGCAGAACCUCCACAGCCCAGCUGGGUGUCAAUGAAGAGCCAUAACUCAAUGUAUGAUCCUCCAAACUUCAGUAAUGGAGCAGAACCCAGCUGGGUGUCAAUGAAGAGCCACAACUCAAUGUAUGAUCCUCCAAACUUCAGUAAUAGGGCAGAACCUACAGAACCCAGCUGGGUGUCAAUGAAGAGCCACAACUCAAUGUAUGAUCCUCCAAACUUCAGUAAUAGAGCAGAACCUCCACAGCCCAGCUGGGUGUCAAUGAAGAGCCACAACUCAAUGUAUGAUCCUCCAAACUUAAGUAAUGGAGCAGAACCCAGCUGGGUGUCAAUGAAGAGCCACAACUCAAUGUAUGAUCCUCCAACCUUCAGUAAUGGAGCAGAAUGUCUACAGCCCAGCUGGGUGUCAAUGAAGAGCCACAACUCAAUGUAUGAUCCUCCAACCUUCAGUAAUGGAGCAGAAUGUCUACAGCCCAGCUGGGUGUCAAUGAAGAGCCAUAACUCAAUGUAUGAUCCUCCAAACUUCAGUAAUGGAGCAGAACCCAGCUGGGUGUCAAUGAAGAGCCACAACUCAAUGUAUGAUCCUCCAACCUUCAGUAAUGGAGCAGAAUGUCUACAGCCCAGCUGGGUGUCAAUGAAGAGCCACAACUCAAUGUAUGAUCCUCCAAACUUCAGUAAUAGGGCAGAACCUACAGAACCCAGCUGGGUGUCCAUUAAGGGUCACAAAUUAAAGGGUCACAAAUUAAAGGGUCACAACUUAAACUUUAAUCCUGCUGUCCUCAGUAAUGGAGAAACUUUCAAAAGGGGAAAGAGUAAUCUACUGCAGGAUCAGUCCAGGUGUGGACUGUGUGAGCAGCUUCUUACAGAUCCAGUCUCGAUCACCUGUGGACACAGUUUCUGCAGACUGUGCAUCAACAGAUACUGGGAUGAAAUUGGUUGGACUGGAGAUUUCACCUGUCCAUUCUGCAGAAAGGGAUCUAAAACAUGUCCUGCUCUACAUCCACACACAGAGGAGUCUAUAAAGCUAGAUUUCAUCCAACUAGAGGAUGUUGACAUUCACAGUGUCAUACAGAAACACAAAACCUGUAUGAAGAACAGGUACGAGAGUUUGUUUGAGGGAAUCAAAACACAAGAGAACAGAACCCUCCUGAACAGGAUUUACACACAGCUCUACAUCAUAGAGGGAGAGAGUGAAGGGGUGAAUGAAGAACAUGAGAUUAUAAAGAUGGAGAAGACUUCAAACAAAUACUUACAGGAAACUCCAAUCAACUGCUUAGACAUCUUUAGACCUGUAGAAGAUCCUGAAGAAAAAAUGGAAGGAGUGAAAAAUACAGCUGUGAUGGAUAAUAGUGUCAGACAAAACCAAAGAAAAGAAGAUAAAGGACCAAAAGAGCUUAGAACUGUUCUGACUAAAGGCAUCGCUGGUAUUGGAAAAACAGUCUCUGUACAGAAGUUCAUUCUGGACUGGGCAGAGGGAACAGCCAAUCAGGAUGUAGAUUUCAUGUUUGUGCUUCCAUUCCGAGAGCUGAACCUGAUUAAAAAUUAUCAAUACAGUCUUUACACACUUCUCUGCACUUUUCAUCCUGAGCUCAAAGACAUGGACUCUAGGAUUUGUGAUGGACGCAAAGUUGUGUUCAUCUUUGAUGGUCUGGAUGAAAGCAGAAUUCCACUGAAUUUUUCACAGUGUGAGAAAAUGUCUGACAUCACCACGACAUCAUCAGUGGGUGUGUUAAUGACAAACCUUCUCAAAGGAGAGUUACUGCCCUCUGCUCACAUCUGGAUUACCUCCCGACCAGCAGCAGCCAAUCAGAUUCCUCCUCAGUAUAUCAACCGUGUGACAGAAAUUCAGGGGUUUAAUGACCCACAGAAGGAGGAGUACUUCAGGAAGAGAAUCAGUGACCAAGACCAAGCCCAGAAAAUCAUCUCCCACAUUAAGACAGCGAGGAGUCUCCACAUUAUGUGCCACAUUCCCGUCUUCUGCUGGAUCUCAGCCACUGUGCUUCAGAGAAUCAUGAAACAGAGUAAUACAGAAAUCCCUAAAACUCUGACUGAGAUGUACUCCCACUUUCUGAUCACUCAGACCAACAUGAAGAAUGAGAAGUAUGAAGAGAAUCUAAACUUGGAUCCAGUGGAAUUGCUGAAAUCUAACAGAGCCAUGCUUCUGAAACUGUCAGAACUGGCUUUCAAGCAGCUGAUGAAGGGGAACGUGAUGUUCUAUGAAGAGGACCUGAGAAAGUGCGGUAUUGAUGUCACUGAGGCCUCAGUGUACUCUGGGAUCUGUACUGAGAUCUUUAGGGAGGAAUGUGUGCUUUAUCAAAGGAAGGUCUACAGCUUUGUACAUCUGAGCUUUCAGGAGUUCCUGGCUGCUUUCUAUGUGUUUCACUGCUACCUGAGCAAGAACGUGAAGGAACUGAGGGAUUUUAAGCGACAUAACAGAAAAUGGCCUAAAAAUGUCUCACUGCAUGAGCUCUUAAAGGGAGCAGUGAGCAAAGCCUCUAAGAGUCAGAAUGGACAUCUGGAUCUUUUCCUCCGUUUCCUGCUGGGCAUCUCUCUGGAUUCCAGUCAGAAGAUCCUACAGGGCCUCCUGAUCCACACAGAGAGAACCUCACAGAGCAUCAACAAAACAGCGGCAUACAUCAAAGACCUAAUCUCAACAGAAGAUCUUAAUACUGACAGAUCUGUAAACCUGUUCCUCUGUCUGACUGAAAUGAAUGACCAGGAUUUACCCAGAGAGAUUCAGAAAUACAUAAAUUCAGAUGAAAGUUUAAAAAAGGAACUGUCUGCUCUGGAGUGUUUAGCUCUGUCCUACAUGCUGCAGACCUCAGAGGAGGUGCUGGAAGAGCUGGACCUGAAGAAAUACAGCACAUCAAGAAUUGCUUAUAUGAAACUUCUUCCAGCUGUGAACAACUGCAGAAAGGCUCUACUUGCUGGCUGUGAUCUCACCAUGAAACACUGUGAAACUAUCUGCUGUGCUCUGAAAUCAGAAAGCUCCACGCUAAAAGAGCUGUACCUCAGUAACAAUAACCUGCAGGAUUCAGGAGUGGAGCUGCUCUCUGCUGGACUGAGAAGCUCACACUGUAAACUGGAGACACUCAGACUUGCUGGCUGUGAUCUCACCAUGAAACACUGUGAAACUAUCUGCUGUGCUCUGAAAUCUGAAAGCUCCACCCUAAAAGAGCUGGACCUCAGUAACAAUAACCUGCAGGAUUCAGGAGUGGAGCUGCUCUCUGCUGGACUGAAAAGCUCACACUGUAAACUGGAGACACUCAGACUAGUUAGCUGUAAUCUUGGUCAAAAGACGUGUGCAAAUCUAGAAUCAGUUUUAAACCUGGAAAGCUCCUGCCUCAAAAAUCUGGACCUCAGUUACAAUGACCUGCAGGAUUCAGGAGUUGAUUUGCUCUGUGCUGGAUUACAGAGUUCACGCUGUCAUCUGGAGACACUCAGACUAGCUGGCUGUGAUCUCACCAUGAAACAAUGUGAAACUAUCUGCUGUACUAUGAAGUCAGAAAGCUUCACCCUAAAAGAGCUGGACCUCAGUAACAAUGAUCUGCAGGAUUCAGGAGUGGAGCUGCUCUUUGAUGGACUACAGAGUUCCCACUGUAUACUGGGUACACUUAGGCUAGCUAUGUGUAAUCUUGGGGUAAAGGCAUGUGAAAAUCUGGCAUCAGUUGUAAGCCUGGAAAGUUCCUGCCUGAAAGAGCUGGACCUCAGUAACAACAACCUUCAGGAUUCAGGAUUGGAGCUGCUCUCUGCUGGACUGAAGAGUUCACAUUGUGAACUGCAGAUUCUCAGGCUAGCUAUGUGUAAUCUUGGGGUAAAGGCAUGUGAAAAUCUGGCAUCAGUUGUAAGCCUGGAAAGUUCCUGCCUGAAAGAGCUGGACCUCAGUAACAACAACCUUCAGGAUUCAGGAUUGGAGCUGCUCUCUGCUGGACUGAAGAGUUCACAUUGUGAACUGCAGAUUCUCAGAUUAUCUGGUUGUAUGGUCUCAGAGAAAGGCUGUUCUUCUUUGGCUGCAGCUCUAAGUUCAAAUCCCUCCCACCUGAAGGAACUGGACCUGACCUUCAACCACCCAGGAGAAUCAGGACAACAGCUGUUCUCUGCUAGACUAGAAGAUCCAGGCUACACGGUCAGAAUGGAAUCUGGAGGGGUAAUCAGAAUGAAACCAGGACUUAAGAAAUGGUUCUGUGAUUUCACACUGGAUCCAAACACAGUAAACCCUCGUCUCUCUCUGAGUGAGGAGAACAGGAGGGUGGAGAGGGGAGAGGAGCUGCAGUCGUAUCCUGAUCAUCCAGAGAGGUUUGAUAGGUAUCAGCAGGUUCUGAGUAGAGAGAGAGUUACUGGACGCUGUUACUGGGAGGCUGAGUGGAGCGGAGAGAGAGGAGCUGCUGUAGCUCUGAGUUAUAAAACCAUCAGCAGGAAAGGAGGAGGAUCAGACUGUCAGUUUGGAGGGAAUAUAAACUCCUGGAGUCUGUACUGCUCUGAUAACAGUUACACUGUUCUUCACAAUAAAAACAGAACUGUUCUCCCCCCUCCUCCCUCCGGCUGUAGGAGAGUAGGAGUGUAUGUGGACUGUCCCGCCGGCACUCUGUCCUUCUACAGAGUCUCCACUGAUACACCCUCACACACUCUCACACACUUACACACACACUCACACACACCCUCACACACUCUCACACACUUACACACACUCUACACCACCUUCACUCAGCCCCUCUAUGCAGGGAUUGGGAUUUAUGGUUCUGGCUCCUCAGUGACUCUGUGUAAAAUAGAAUAACCCUGUGUGUAACAGAGUGUGUGUGUAUGUGUGUAUGUGUGUGUGUGUGUGUGUGUGUGUGUGUUGGGGAGCUGUAUAAAUCAUUUCUAUUCCAGACUAAAGACUUGAAUCAAACUGAUUCAUCAAUCUACAGUUUAUCACACUGUUUAUGAUUACUGUAAUAAAAUGUAUUUCUUUAUUCCUGUAAUUCAUAUUGUUAUUUUUGUUGAUUAUUUCGUGUCAUUUUAUAAUUUAUAAUCACAGAGCUUCUGUUACUGUUAUACUAUUUACCAUUUGUAUGUGUUUCUUUAUUCCUGUAUUUCAGAUUAUUAUUCUGUUUCUUUUACCUUAUUUUUGAGUUUAUUAUUAUAUAAUAAAUAAAAACAUUAACAUCAA